CACCACGAUCGGAGGAACCCCGAACAGCGGGGACCAGAGCCCUCUGCUGCAGGCCAGCGGCAGCGUCUCGGGGUCGACCAUGCAGGAUGACAAGUCGGCAAGGAAGCGGACCGAAGACAAGAGCAAUAGCAUCUGUAUUUUAGAUUGAAAGGCGACUGGAGACAAAAAAGAUGUGGCUAAAGGCGCUUGUUUUACUGACUUUGAUCGGAUAUGUGGCGGCCCAAUGCAAUGUGUGUCAAAGUGCCAGCAAUGUCGCUUGUCAUAGUGAAACCACCUUUUCCAUCUGCUAUGACGGAGUGCCAUCAUAUGAUCUCUUGCCAUGUCCAAAGGACUUUUAUUGCACAGAUGGCUUUUACACUUGCUAUGAAAAUGCUGAUCCAGUUUGCCAAACAGAAAAUGACAGUACCACCACCGAGAUCCAGACAACGACAACCACUGCUAUCCCAACUACCACGACCACCACUGAGAUCCCAACUACCACAGUGACCACUGAGAUCCCAACUACCACAAUAACAACUGAGAUCCCAACUACCACAGUGACCACUGAGAUCCCAACGACCACUCCCACUACCACGACAACCACUGAGAUCCCAAAUACCACAACAACUACUGAGAUCCCAACUACCACUCCCACUAGCACGACAACCACUGAGAUCCCAACUACCACAACGACCACUGAGAUCCCAACUACCACAACAACUACUGAGAUCCCAACUACCACUCCUACUACCACAACAACUACUGAGAUCCCAACUACCACUCCUACUACCACAACAACAACUGAGAUCCCCACUACCACAACAACCACGGAGACCCCAACUACUACUUCGACUGAAGCUCCGUGGGAUGCCGAUGAUAUCUGUCAGCAAUACUCUAAGAACACCUUUUUCGAAAACGUCGAUGAUCCCACCUGCACCACUUUUAUAACCUGUACAGUUGAUGCCGACGGAACUCAUUCCACAAAAGUCACUUCAUGCAAGGCUAAUCAGUAUUUCAGUACGAGCUUGAAGGUUUGUACCGCCACAAGGCCGGAUGGAUGCGUGGAGGAGACAACCACUGUAGACACCACUACGCCAACCACCACUACCGUGAUCACCACUACCCCAACAACCACCACCACCGUGAGCACCACUACUCCAACCACCACCACCGUGACUACAACAACGGCUAGUACCACCACAGCGGAACCUUGGAGCGCUGAGGCCACUUGCUUGACUGUCACUAAGACCACUCUGUUUCAAAACCAAGACGAUCCGACAUGCACUACGUAUUUAUAUUGUUAUGUUGUCAAUGGAUCGGCGACAGCUUUGAUAAAGAACUGUAAGACCAACCAAUACUAUGAUGUUUCCUUGAAAACCUGCACCGCUACCAAGCCGGACUACUGCACUUAAUUUUUAUGUUCGAACAGCAUUAAUCGUUCAUUAUCAGAUUUAUUGAUUACCAAUAAAAAAUGUGAUUUCUUUGAAUAAUAAAAAGA